AUGCCUUCCGCAGCUCAACCUCGCCAUCGUCGUCCUUCGUGGAGACAGUCACGCGUCUCACACCGCACGUACCUAGAGACGGACUUCAAACGCAAACAGGAACACGAGAUGCCUGCUGAUGCCGACUCUGAUACCUUCUACUACAACGCCGCCUUCAUUGUCGAAUGGACGAUCCCGUCAGACCUCAGGGUCCGCUUGCCUGAGUCUCUUUUGACAGAGCUUGACGAUUGGCAGGCUGCGGGCGCUGCUGUUUGCACGGCUCUGGCUCGAAUCGAUAAGCUCGACAACGAAAGUCUUCACCGAGGCUGGCCCUCCAGACCGAAUCUACAUCUCUCGCGUACUACGUCGGAAUGCUCCGCCAUUGGAUCGCCCCAAUUCUCUACUACAGACCCUUUCGAGAUAUCCUCUCCUCGCUCGCGACCGGCUCUUUCUUCACUCCAGACAAGUUUUGGCAGCACUUUUUCCACCAGUCCAGAUGUACCGUCUUUCACUCCACAAGAUAGCAUCAUGGGCGACGAGGUGGAUGAGAUGAAUGCAUCCUUUCGUGACAAAGUCAGUCUUGAACAUGUUAACGCCAUCUUGGCCACCAGAGUUCGACGUGUCUCGGAGUCUGCUGGUUCCCAAUCGCCGCUGAUGAGUCCAAUCUCUCGCAAAGCUUCGAAUGAACUAACCUUCAGUGCCGAUCAACAAUUUGAUGAGAGCGCCUGGGAAACAUUUCUGCGUUCAUAUGAGGCCGAGCUCGAGCACUUACGUACGGAAACGUUGGUUCGCUUCAGACACAUUGGCAAGUCUGUGGACAGACUUUGGCUGGAUCUUCGAUGCGAUGGUGUACAUCCUGUGCCUGAGUCAACAGCUGCUGAAUUUGUUGCCUGGUGGAGAAAGAUGAACGACAAGGAGCAGGAAUAUGAGAAAGAAGUCCAGAUGCUGGAAGUGCCUCAACUUGAGUUGGUCAGUCUCCGACGGGCAUCUCGAGGUCUAUCUACCUCAGUCUAA